AUGAACGACCCAAACCCAACCAGCGAUGAAGAUAGCGCACAGAAACCUCAAACUGUUGAUCCUGUCAUCAGCCCCGCUAAGCCGUCUUUAAGCAGCGAAGACACUUCCCCCAGUGACUCCGACAGCACUCAUUCCAACGGGGAAAGCGAUAAUGAAACGGAGAAUAAGUCUACACCAGAUAAGCGGUUGCUGAAUUACGCUGAAGAUGGGUGUCUCGAAGAAGUGGAAAAGGCGCUCGACGACAACGCCGAUAUUGACGCGAAGACGAAUAUUGGUGAGACAGCACUUCAUUUGGCAUCGAGGCAUGGGCACUACCAGCUCGCAGAGCUGCUGAUCAAAAGAGGCGCCAAAAUCGAAGCCCGAGAUGAAGAUGGAUGGGUACCGCUCUAUGGCGCUGCGAUCGAAGGAAAAGCCGAUAUCGUGAAACUUCUACUCGAACGAGGUGCCGACCCUAAUGCUCAGAGACCAGAUGGGUGGACGCCGCUUCUUGCGGCUUUAAGACACAACUUCCAGGGAGUCAUUGACCUAUUGAUUGAUUGCAGCGAUAUCAACGUCAACCCCGUCAAUGAUGAGGGAUGCACACCGUUGAUGAUGGCAUCUGAAUAUUCAAGCGUGGAUGUCGUUCGGUCGCUCUUGGAGAAGAACGCUGACUUGAAUAAGCGGGAUAUGGACGGAUGGACGCCUCUACUUACAGCUUUAAGGUAUAGCAGCGAGGAGGUCAUAACUACCAUACUUGCUCGGAAUCCCGAUGUCCAUAUCCAAAACUGCGACGAUUACACUCCACUAUUGAUGGCCUGUCGCCACUCGACCGCAAAUGUUGUACAGCAGCUUAUCGAUCGUGAAGUAGAUGUCAACAAGAAGAGCAACGCCAACGAAUCGGAGCUCCAUGUACUAGUUUACAACGAGAAUAAGACCGACAUAAGACAGAUCACAGAAAAGCUUCUAGAUUAUGGAGCAGACAUCUGGGCAAAAUCAGUGGACGACCAGACCCCUCUUCAUUUUGCUGGCAAGUUCGGAUGCAAAGAAAUGAUUGAGCCGUUGCUUGAUAAAGGUCAACCUAUAGACAUCCUGGACUGUGAUGCUUGGACUCCACUCCAUCUAGCCUGCACUAAUGGGUUUGGUGAUGUGGUUGAGUUGCUGUUGGAGAAAGGUGCAGACCGUGUCUUGAAAACAGGCGAUACAGGUCGCGAUGCGUUGACGUUGGCAGUUCGGUGUUAUGCAGACAUUUUUAAUAACUCCGAACUGGACGCCGAAAAGAAAACGAAGGAGCUGAGUGCCGCUGAAAAGGCUGUGGAGGUCCUCGCCAACCUCGCAAAUGGAACCGAGAAAACAGCUGCAUUCCGACAAGCGGAGUGUGAGAACAAUUUUGAAGAUGUUGCGAAGGCCAUGGGUAUGAGUGAUUCGGAGACCAAAGAAAGCAUUCUUAUUUGGGCGGCUGCAAGACAUCGGAAACAUUAUGAGAUCCUCAAUCGGCUUGAAAAACCGCGCCACAAACUCCAUUUUGAACCGAACACCCCGCUGAAACUCGCUGCUUAUCAUGGAAGAUAUGUUGUUGUUUGGUGGCUUCUGAGAACAGCUCCUCCGAGCAGCAAAGCAACUCAGGACCGAAGGGAAGCCAAAGAAAUAGCGGAGAAGAUGAAAUUCAGGAAUGCGAAAACACCAAAACCCGGUAAGGAAAGAGACGGAGAUAGAGUAGGAAAUGACGGUCGAAACGAUGGUCUUAGGUCCCAAACCGACAAGGCCGGAUCAGGCACUGACGACCGGUAUUUUCUAACCUUGGAUAUGCUGCGAGACCCCCCUCCCGUGAUAGAAGCAUCGGAUUCGCACAAGUUGAACGAGAAGUUGAAGCUAGAUUCAUCUACAAAAGACGAAAUUGAGAAGUAUGACGCCACGAUUGUUGAUUUCUACAACUCAAAUGGACGGGUGGAUAUCCUUCGCCGGUCACGCAAAAUGUGGAAUGUCAUCUACAAGGGUGCCAGCACGGAAAAGGGGAGGGAAAAAGAUGGUGGUGCGGAUCAGAUCAUGCAACAGGCAAGACAGACGCUGGGAAAGAUCAGCGAAGAAGCUGCAAAGGAAAAACAAUACCUGCCUGAGGAUCUUCGCAUGAGAUGGAUACAUCUACCGCUCAAUAAUUUGAGGUUUAUGGAGGAUCUCGCCUUACGACUGUACCAAGACAAAAAGAAAGGAGAGGAUGAUUAUAUACCGAUGCGAGACUUUAUGCGGAGCAGCUGGACAGAGAUGCCAACUGGUGCUUUUGGGUCUAAGUUCAUGAAACCAGUCUGCAUGAAAGAGAGUGUCUCAAAGAUUAAGAAACGCUCCAUGCAGGACAAAACCACUCAAACAUUGCCGAAUCCUCCUCAUGGUGAAGGAGAGGAGGACACGGCAGGACCAGAGGGAGCUAAGCAACAAGAGAAAGCCAAGGAAGUUAUAACUGAGCCCGAACAGAUUGAAUUUCAAACCGUUACGUAUCAAAGGACUGCUCUAUAUAUGCCAUACUUGGUAUUCCUUAAACGUGAUCGGAGCGAUAGCCAGGUUGGCGAGACCACGGAUGAUUCUGAACAACAAGCUAGAACUGGAUCUGGUCAUAGAACGAGGUCUCUGGAUCAAUUCUAUUAUCAUUCUUUGAAUGGAAAUGAUAUCAAAGGCCGCGACGAAAACCAGGUUGUGACCCGUUAUUUGAUCGGAGGCAAGAAUGGUGACGGGGUGGAGAAAAGCAGACACUGGUGGCCAAUCCUCGGCGUUGACCAGCUCUGGCUUUGGGUCAUAGAUGAUGAGACUAUCAUUACCUCCUCUACUUGCAGACCGGAUGGUCGUGAAGAUCCUGUGAUCGAAGGCAUUUUCAAUCACCUAAGGGAAGCCAAGUCAAGAAAGAAGGGACGACCUUUGCCAUCCUCUGUUGAUGAGAUGAGCAAGUUCAUUGUUAGCUUUUGCAUCGACUUCAUCAAUACCGUCACUUGGCAGGGCUCUGGUCCAGAUGAUCUUGCCAGUCCUGAAAGCAACCAGAAAUCUGUCAAGUCCGUACGCGAGAUCUUCUCUGAAACAGUCAAUAGCAAGGCCGUUGAAGAAAAAAACCUGUUCGCCUCCUUCAAAAGGAAAAUGGACAGGGCGAGAAAGAGAGAUGAGAAGAGAAAAGCACCCAAGGCCAAGAAAACACAAACCAAACAGGGUGACAGCAAACCAGAAAACGGACAGCUUGGAGCAGAGAAGCCAUCAGAGGAAGGAAACAAGCUGCAUGACGCACCUUCAAAAAUGCUAUUGCACGGUGAAACCGACGAAAAUGAAAACUGGUCGUCCAUCAGCAAGGCCGCUGACCUCCUAGAUGAGGUCAAAGAUAUCCGCGAUGAGCUCACGAUCUUGAAAGCGAUACUAACCCAGCAGGAUCACGUUCUUGCUGAUAUCCAGAAAAGUCCACUCCAUCCGAAAUCUGAAAGAAGGCCGCAUUACAUGCUUACUGAAGUCAACGAGAUGAUUGAGAUCACGGAUACCAUCAAGAGCUCCGUAAACGAAAUUCUCAAUCUAGAGCAAAACGGCACCAGUCUCAGAGAGGCCUUCGAAUCCGUUAAACAGGGAAGAACCCUCAUGGUCUUCACGGUUAUAACUAUCGUCUUUACCCCUAUGUCCUUCUUAUCCUCUCUCUUCGCAUUGAACGUCACUUCCUUCCAACACGACAGCAAAGGAGAGUUAGCUUACCAACCGAACUGGAUCUUCCCAAUGCUUUUCUGCAUCACUAUUGCCAUCACUACUCCCCUCGCAUACAUCGCCUUCCAUCUGGAGGAUAUCAAACGACUAUGGAAAUCGGCUACAAGGCAGGCCUUGAUCUCUAUGUUUGAGUCUUCGAACGGUUAUCACUACCAUAUACCGUCCUUGGACAGGGCCGAUUCAGUCAGAUUUCAACAACUUGAGAGAUCUUACGAGGACGUGCUGGAAAAAGUGAAGAGAAUGUGGGAGGCUUUGUCUAAAUUCCGACGCGGGAGUACAGAUGAACAGAAACCUCCUGUUGGUGAAGAUAAUGCUUGA